UAUUCGGAGUUUUCGUCUUUCGUCCACCAAACACGCGCUCGCACUCACCUCCCACCUGCGCGCGCGCACUCUCUCAUCUCUCUCUGUCACUCUCUCCCUCUCCUCACACUUUUCUCUCAGCUACCCAAGAUGGCGGCAGCCUCGUCCAUCCAGCCGCCGAGCGUUCACUCUUCUCUCGGUCGGGAUAGCGCACUUUCCCCGGAGAUGGACAGCCCCGAGAGCCGGCAGCCGGAGGAUGAGGAGGCGGCGGCAACGCAGCCCUCCGAGCCGGGGAUUUGCCUCCGCGACCUGCCGGACAUAGAGCCGGAGGAGAUCGAGCGGAGGCUGGCCAAAACUCGACAGGAGCUGAGCAACAGGAGGAAAAUCCUCAUUAAGAACCUGCCGCCUGACACCACCAACCAGGAAGUCCAUGAUAUUCUGAAAGAGUACGAACUGAAGUACUGCUUUGUGGACCGCAACAAAGGCACAGCCUUUGUGACUUUGCUGAACGGGGACCAGGCUCAGGAUGCCAUCCGCUCCCUCCACCACAGCACUGUCCGGGGACGCUUGAUCAACGUCGCCUUGCAGCCCACCGAUUCCCUGCUCUGCCUCACCAACCUGCCCUACACCUUCACCGCCCAGCAGUUUGAGGAGCUGGUGCGCUCGUACGGAAACAUUGAGCGCUCCUUCCUGGUCUACAGUGAGCUGACCGGCCACUCCAAAGGAUAUGGGUUUGUCGAAUACAUGAAGAAGGACUCUGCUUCACGGGCCCGCUCAGAGCUGCUAGGUCGACCACUGGGGGAUCGUUCACUGAUGGUGCAGUGGAUGGACGUCAACCAGCUGAGUCAAGAAGAGAACCUGCACUCAAAGUGCCUGUGUGUGGACCGACUACCACUGGACUUGUGCGACUCAGAAGAACUGAACCAGCUGUUCUCUGAAACCUAUAAACCUGUCUUCUGCCAGCUUGCUCAGGAUGAAGGUAGCCCAGUUCGAGGCUUCGGUGUGGUGGAAUAUGAGAGCGCAGAGCAGGCUGAGGCUGUGCUGACAGAGAUGGACCGAACACUGGUUGGAGGACAGGAAGUCCGUCUGUCGCUCUGCACCCCCGGUACCUCAGGGAGAAGCACUUUGGCUGCACUCAUUGCCGCCCAGGGUAUGAUUCUGAGCAGUAGGAAAGGUUUACUACCAGAACCAAGCCUGGCUCAGCUAUUGACCAGCAUGACCAACCCAGCCGCCCUGCAGAUCCUCAUGAGACCAUACCACGGUGGGAAAAGAGGAGGAAAAUAUGGGCGUCACACCAGCCUGCCGUUCCUCAGACCACCCCUCACUACAGCUCUGCUCACACUGGGAAAAGCCCACCAGCAGAAUGCCAUGGUCGGUAACGGACUUGUCCUCCAGAAUCUGCUGCACAUGCAGCUUGCACAGCAGCAGCUUCUCCACAUCAAAGACAAACGCAUCAGCAGUGUUUCCAGUCUGCUAGGAGACCCGUCCAGGUUGCUGAUGCAGAAAGCUUUAUCCCUGCGCCCUCCGGGUCUCGUCCCGCUGGGGAAAGGCCUUCUGGGAGACUCUCCUACAGAGUUGGGCCAGGAGACGAUGCCAGCUUCUUCCCACAGUGCCACAGUAGUGGUUUCUGCUGCAGGUGUGAUGCCCUACCUCCAGGGUCGAACUGGAGGAGCAGGAGACCAAAACAUCACAACCCCUUCUGCUCCCUCUUCAUCCAAUUCCUGCGACAGGCAGCCGGCACCCCCAGGGACAAUGGUGAGCUCCCAGCCCCAGGGACAGAGCUAUUCCUUGGGUAUGAGUAACUCCGGCCUUGGCCCACCUCCAACUAAACCCCCUGGAGGGGUGUAUACAUCAACAGGCCAGCACAACAGCUCAGAUGGCAGCAGCCUGACUAACAUGACAAACAGUGGUCAGAGUUCUUUGCUGGGAGAUCCUCCUAAGGAAGUGAGACUGCCCUCUAAUCCUUACCUAAACCUGGCCAGUGUAAUGCCAGGAGUUGUUCUGCAAGGGUCGGUAGGGAGCAAAGCCCAGGGAGGACAGCCUGGCUCUGGGCCCUUCGGCAACCCGGUCACACCUGUUGUGUCCCAGGGAUCCAGCUCCUUCUCCCACAAUGCGACAGCUACAGCUCCUGCCCCGUACACCUCCGAUACCUCCACUGACUACAGCCAAUACAACCAAGCCUACUCACAGGAGGCCAUGCAGCAGUGGUACCAGCAGUACCAAGCAGCACAAACACACACUUACAAUACUGCUGCUCCACAGGACAGCACAUCUGCAGACUACAGCAAGGAGCACACACAGGCUGCUGCAGCAACAUCUUAUGGGGAUUACAGUUCCUACAUGCAGGCUGUUACUCAGUACUACACUCAGCCUGCAACAACCAACCAGGCCUACGCCAGCAAGGAGGUAGAUGUGUGUAAGCCUCUGGGAGUUGCUCUGCAUGCGGUGAGUAACGGCGCAGCCCCGCCCCCGGCCGUCCUACCAGCCGCCGCCGUGCUGCCGGCCUACAGCACCAUUCCUUUAAUGCCCGGUUUCCUGGGGGCGCCACACCCAGCGGCAGCCACACCGAACCCUGUCACACAUGCACACACCGCUGCUACGGACUGGAACACCUACUAUUAUAACCAGACAAGGGGCAUCAAGAGGGAGUAUCCUCAGCUGGCUGUGCAGGAAGUGCCAUCAUCGGAGGGUACCUACAUCGGGCAGCACUCCCAGGGCCUCGGGGGGCAGUAUGCUGACUACUUUAAGAGGAAGAGGCUCUGAAUGAACCAAACCACCUUAAAGCCUACAAUUUAGGGAGGGAGGGACAAUCAGCUGGAUGUCACAGCUCCCUCUAGUGGCCUUUCUGUGGCUGCCAUUUUGCAUCCCAGCAGUAGGUACUGAGUUAAAUAGAGUUAGGGUUGCAAAUGGCUUAGGUGAAAGCAAGCCAUAGUGCUCUUUGAUUUUGGCACUUAUGUACACGUACAUACACGAUGUUGCUUUUGUCCUGUUUAAGCCUUAACUAUUUAACUCAAACUGUUGUUUUUAAGUCAGUGUGUUAACUGUACCUAACUACUAUUAUCUUGUAUGUUUUCUUUUCUAAUAUAAUGUACACUAAAGUAUAUCGUAUCUGUAUGUACAAGCUGCUUUUGUAUUUGCAAGCAGGUGACCUGUCUGCCCGCUCGAGCUGUCUUAGGAUUGGUCUUUCAGUCAGGUCUCCCCCUUUCUGCCUCCCUUUUCCUGAAGACUAAACAUGUCUGAUGUUGCACAAUCACGCUUUGAUUCUUCAGUCAGACUGACAUCUGUUUCCUCCUGCUUCACUGCCUUUUAUUACCCUGAUUCCUUUUAAAUCUCCCAGCUGAGAAUUGGAGUGUACGUGUGUGUUAUGUUUGUGUCGCUAUGCUGUAUCUGUAGGAAGUGUCAGCCAUUUCAGUCCCAAGGUUUGGGGAAAUUUAAUCAGGAAAAAAAGGGCCUGAUCCAAUUUAAAGCCCUUAAUUGUGAUGACUUGCAACAGCUUCCCUCGACAGACGGACCUUUGUGUAAAUACUGCAGUGUAAUAUAAAGUAUAUGAAGCCAUGCAUAACAGACAAUAUCAUAAUAUAAUGGGUGUUUCUAAGCUCCUUUGUGAGUGUAAAACACAAAUGGAGAAGAUUUAUUAAAAGUCAUAUUUGGUUUUUUGCUCAGUCGACAAUAUACUGUUAUAUAUUUGUAAUAUAAUAUUCCAAGGCAAUCCAAGUAAUGUGUGAAUAGAGUAAUAAUGUAUGGGCUUUAACACUUAAGCCCAAUAUUAAGGCACAGUCCUCCUCUUUUAUUUCAAACUAAAACAUUUGGACCUUUUUUUGGACUUUAACAGGAGCUUUAACUCCACAUGCAGAUGCCAUUUUUCCACAAACGUUUAACUCAUUAGAUUACAGCACAAGCUAAUUUAAAGCAGGUUUUAAGUGUCUUUGCACUGCAGUAAUUAAGUCUGCACACCACAGUCACUAACAAAACAUAAAUGUGUGUGCUGCUGAGAUCAAAUAAAGAAAAUUAUUAACUGAAGGUGAUGAAACAGCUUCAGGAGCAAAUAAAGUAACAUUUGUGGAUUAAAAAAAAAGAAAAUUGAGCCAUUUCUCUGUGACAUUUAAUUGACAUUUAAAAGUCCCAAUCUGAUCACAUGUGCAUGGUGCACAUAUUGCAUCAUUUCCUGUUUUUGUGUAAUGGUUAGAGCAGAUUUGCAGCUGUAUGUUCAAUAAAACAGUACACCAUGAAGGUAGUGUGCAGUAGAUUGAAAACAAGUUUUUCUGCACUGAUAUUUUCUGCACAUAAGAUGCUAUUCAUGCAGGGUUUUUUUUAAAGACGGAACUUCAAACUAUUUAUUCUUAUCUUAUUUGUACUUCUGCAGUUAUUAAUAUUAGUGCGCAGUCAGUAUGCAGACAGUUCGUCUUUGUCACAGAGGAGGGGGGCUUAUUAUUUUCAUAUCAUGGUUUAUGUUCACAAAACUCUUAUUGAACAAAGCAGCAAUAACAAAAGCUCCUACUGCUGUAGAAAGAUGAAUGUAUAAGUUGUUUGUUUUUAAUCUGAAAUGUUUUUAGCCAUAAUAUACUGGUACAGGCUCAUAUGCAUGGGGAGAGCUUUCUCUUUCUUUGUACCUUUAUCUUUGCAUUCUGCUCAUAUCUAUCUAUGAUAUAUAUGUCUGAGCAGAAUAGUACUCACAUCUCCAUGGCAACCACACUCUCACUGUGAAACCCAAUAGCACGUGAGAUGAGAUAAUGCGUGCACAUCAUUUCAGUUCAGAUAAGUGGUGUGAGUUUCUCAGGACUGAGGGGGCGGCUUGCCUAUAUGGGAUGGGUAUGAUGUUCACAUUCACUCACAAUAACAGGAGGGAUGAGCGAGUAAUAAUACGUAAAAUUAUUAACUACUAAACUAAGGGUAAUACACACAAACACGCAGUUAACGGUCUAAACAUUUAAACUGCAGCUUAUUGUCGAGUGUACAUCCAUGAAGGAUUGAAUGUGUGGUCGAGUCAAAGGAAAGACUCCAGUAGAGAACAGGAAAUGUUGUCCGACAGAAACAAAGUGAACCCAUUUUGACCUAAAUAUUUUAGGAAAAGUCCUGUGUAAGGGUUUAAAUUGGUCUAAUUAGCAUCCUUGCAUACUGUAGUUUGUAUGUGUUUGUAAAAGAUAUGAACAGUUUAUCCUGUUACUUCUCAUUGUUAUGUAGCUAGGCAAUACCAUGCAAAAAGACCACACAGACUAUUUAUAUUUGAAUUUAGAGGGUUGAAUGUGAUUUUAGUUGAUAUCCAGGUCUCUGCAUAUCCAAGAACAUUAAACAUAAGUCAGUAUGUGUUAUUCCUAAAGAUAAUAUUAUCUUCUCUGCUUUAUCCUUCAGUAUAUUUUCUAUUUAGCAUGCAUUCUGCAGUAUGUUUGGUUUAUAUUCUUAUUCAAGUAAAUUGUCUUUGCAUUUCUGUCAGGCUAUAACUUUACUGGUUUGAAAUCUUUUGUUAGUUUUUUUUUUUUUUUUUUUCACUCCAUAGCUGCGUCAUUAAUGGAAAAAGUUGGAACCAGUGCCUCCAGAUGAAGCUUUUUCUAGAUGUUUUGAGUUCUUUUUAAUAACCACAACAUCAGGCUUUAAAUUCAGUUUUUUGUUUUUUUGUUUUUUUUUUAAGUAAAUGCAUGAAACACAAAUUAAGUUUCAACGACAACUAAUGUGACAUCCAUCUUGCAUCCUGUCUUUUCUCUGAGCUCUUUCCAAGCAGUAAAAGUCAGUCCAAUGUGGACUAUUGUCUUUUCUCUUGCUCUGUCCCUUUUUUUUCCUUUUCUGCCUUUGAUGUUGUCUCUUGUGUUUGUUUUCUAAAUCCACCAUAGUGCGUGUUUAAAACAGCUAGUGUGUUGAUCUUCAGGUGUGAGGGUUACGGUUAGGCAGCUGUAACGUGAUGCCCCAAGCUUGAAAUAAAAGUUGUGAAAUGCUGUUCCUCGGCCACGGGAUGCAGCAGGGCUACAGUAGCUCCAGGAAUGUGCACGAUUGAUGUCAAUGUGCUGUUAAAAGCAGUCAGAAGCACAAAGUUUUAAGGUUGGAAACUUAUGUAGUGUUUUUUUUUAAAAACAAAAAAACAUGAUGCAUGCUUUCAUAUUUUGAAGAAAACUAUUAUAACUGCUCAUUACACCCUUGAACAUUUAAAAUGGCAAAAGUCAAACAUUUGUAAAGCUCUACUUCAUCACAUGAACCUUUGUUUUUAAUCAACUGCCUUUCUGCUACAGACUGGACAGACUGGUGGGGAGGUGCUCCAUCUGCCUGGUGAAAUGUUAAUUGUGGUCAAAUUGGCUGCAUGAUGGUGUUUCUCUUAGAUAUGCGGCUGCUUGUCUGCAUUUUUCCCUCUCUUGCAUUUCUUCAACUAAUUUUUCAUCCGGUGCUUCCAUCAUCUCGAUUGCUCUCACCUUCAUAUCAGUGAAAGCCGUGUUGAAGAUGCUUGUCUGUAUAAGGUGGAGUCUGAAGGUUCCUCUGUUCAAACACAUUGUUGGCUUGACCGUUUCAGUCGGUUUUCAUCAAGUAUGCCUCAUUUAUUUUAUUUCAUUAGUAUUUUGUAUCAGCUUUUUCUUUAAAACUACCAUUGCUAUGUACUACAGAGCUGUGUUAAACUACUGAAGACAAACUUUAUCAAGUCCAGGUUUGAGAGCGCUGAGGCCAUUUCCAGUUUGUUGGGAUUAUUGAAGCUCAUCACUUCGUAGACAGACAGACCUUGUGUGGUGUGGUGUUGUGAUGUGUUGUGUUGCUACAGUGACUUGGCCUCUGCAAAACAUUUUCAUUUCUCAGCCAGUAGAACAAAUGCAUCAUUUGGGCUAGACAUAGAAAGUCUGUUCUGUUUAUUUUCAGAUCAGAUUGUUCAAAUUUAAACUCUUUGUUCAGAUAUGUUUGCAUUUCCUCUGGUUUUCUUCAUUUUCUUUAUUGUAGAAACUUAAAAUGGCCACUCACGAAUAAGAAGCAGGACCAGAAGAAUAAGACCAGAUAUUUUAUUGCAUUUUCCACUUUUUUGCAUGUUUUUUUGUAUAAAAAUAUGUUUGUUACUGGAUUUGAAGCACUUUUCCCUUUACUCUGUCUGCGAUCACUCAGUUUUUUCCCCAAGGACCCACCGCACAAGACAAGAAUUUCCCCAACAUGUCUGCUAACUUGACAGAUGCUUCUCUAAAUUUUCUCCACCUUGCACCUAAAAAAAAGGUGCAGUUGCAAGAGAACUUGCACUAAACAUUUGGACUGAAUUCAGUAACUUGCAUUUCUCCCUGUAAAAAUGUCACAAAGUCCAUAUUUCUAAAAUGUGGGGAUUAAACGACUCACAUCAGCUCAUGUAACAACAUCCCAGAUGUAUUUUCGGUCAGAAUUUUCACCUUUGUUGGUGCUUUCUUUGUGUGCUUGCUUCAGUGUUUUGUUGCAUCUGUCAUCAGUCUGAAACCAUCAUGCUCCCUCCACCAUGCUUAACAGUGAGAUCAUUGCAAUACAGUGUAUCAUACUGUGAUAUUAGAAAAAAAAAAUAUUGAUCACAUUGAUGGCAGAUGUUACCUGGUUGCUUUUACAAUAGCUUUUAAUCAUCAGCCUACAGUGUUGUGUUUCAUGGGAAGCAGUGGUUGCUGUUAUAGUAAAGGUGACUUGUUUUUGGACGAGUCCCGUCGCCUUCUCUUUGGCUCAGAGACAUUUGAGAUGGUGUAGGAGUGAGUGUUGCACUUGUACUCAUGGAGGUGUUUUGGCUAAUCUGUCAGUAUGACUUAAAUUGUUUCAGACUGCUAUCAUCUCAAAAUCUUGGUAAUUCCAUAUAGUUUCUGAAUUUCAUCGUGCAGCUGGUUGUCUGCAAUAAUGUGCAAGAAACUGUGGGUAAAAGCAUAUUUUAAGCGUCUUCCUGUUGGCGUUCAGACUCUGCUAAUUAGGUGGAGAUGUGUCUUUAUGACAACCAUUUUGUGUCCACAUCUUGAUUAAUGCUUUCUCACUAAUUCUAUUUUCCCUUGAUUGCUGUGAUGCUGAUAACGAGUGUGUGUUUGUUUCUCUAAAAAUGGGCUACUGGCAGGUUAGGUCGGGCUAAAAAAAACUGAAAACUCCAGCUGCCUUCAGCUGCCCAACCUGCAGUGAUUUAUCUUUUUUUUUUUUUUGGCUUUCUUUUCUGUCUGCUCAGUGAAGUGUUGGUUAUGUCUGCUAGACUCCUGCAUGUUGCAGGCACCUGUAGAGCUGUCACACACACACACUCCAACACAAUGGAAACAUGUGAACUUGCAGACAGGUUUAAAACUAAAGUUCAGCUCUUUAUAAUUUAUUAAGCUCAUUAUUUCCAUUUUAUUGUCUCUCAUGUGGAGUGAAUCGUCCCUCUGCUUCAGUGUCAGCUGAGGAAAUGAUCAUAUUUAUCAAAGGUCAGCUGAGAGAUGUGAUUCUUGCCUCCUUACUAAACACAUUUAUCACAGCAGUCUAGCUGCAAAUGACACAUUAGGAUGCAGCUUAGUCAUGGCAGCUUCAAGUGUGGCUUUGUGCAGAACAAUCCUACUUACCGAUCUGAGCAGAAGCCAGUAAUGUUGAGUAUUUGUUUCUACUAAAGAUUUCUAAAUUCACAACAGUCAUCUCAAGGCACUUUAUAGACAUAAUCAAUUCAAGCCAAUUAAACAAAUCCACAUUAGUCCGAUUUAUAAUCGCUGUGCUCAUAUAAGCCAUUUCAUUAAAAAAAUGCCCUAGCUAAGGAGAGGACCUGAAAGAGGAAUCAACAGGAACAAAAACUUUUAGCCAGGGAGAGAAAAAGAGAAAUGAAGAGAAGCUAAAACUAGAGAAAUAUGAUCUCUCGUACUACUUCUCCUCAGGACUCUCCCUGCAGCAUUUCAGGACAUGUUUGGUACAGCCCAAUAAGGAAUUGCAACUGUCAAAUCUUGAAGUAACAAAUACAUGGACUAGAUUUUCUGCAGCACUCUGUGACAGGUUGUCCCUUAUUUUAGCAAUAUUACAUAUUUUAAAGGCUUAAGAAUUUAUACUGAACUUUUUAUUUUUUUUUAGAUUUGCUGUGUGUGUAUAUAUAUAUAUAUAUAUAUAUAUAUAUAUAUAUAUAUAUAUAUAUAUAUAUGCAGAUUAUUCGGUUGCUUGCAUGAAUCUUUCGAAAAUUUGAGUGUUUUCUGCAGCAGGACUGUGAAAUUUAUUCAAAAUAAACAGCAGGGUUUGUGUAUCAUUUUUUGUUUGUUUUUUUAAGCCCCUCCUGCAGCUUGAUGCUCAAAAAGAUGCACUGAAGUUAAAUGGAAGUAAAGCUGAAUUCAUCACUGGUUUUUGUAUUUUUGCACCAAAAAAACAUAACAAACACCCCAUUUGGCUUACUUUCUGUGUUGGAAGAUGCACAAAAAAAAAGAAGUGGGAAUGGCUUAACAUGUAAACAAUCUGUAGAUUACACCUUCUGCUCCUGGGAUGCUGGAAAAAAAAAGGGCAUCUUUCCAUUCAUCUCCCUCCUUUUCUGUCUACUGCCUGUAACUUGUUUACAUUUAGUACCCAUUUCAGCCGGUGCUGCAUUCAAACCAUACAACACUGUAGUUACCCCCAGCUUCUGAUAGACGUGUAUAUAUAAAUAUGUAAGUGUAUAUACCACACAUCUGCAAUAAGUUUAGCACACUACAGCAUGAUUGAGGUCUGACAGAUUCCAGGGAUUAGUUGGCUCUUCAAAAGCUUUAAAAUUAGGUUUGUGCAUUAACAAGAGCCACCUGAAUGCACCAUUAGUGCUUUGUGAUGCUUAGAGAGGCUGAGUUUAGGGGAAGUUGACCUGCCGUCUGACUUGAAAAUGAAAAGAGAUUUGAAAACAUUGAAAGUGACACUUCAGUCUGUUGUUAUUUGUUCUUUAAAGUUUGGACUGAUCGAUAAAUCAUUAUAUCUUGACUCUUUGAGCUACCAAAUGUAUGAUGUCAUAAUGGGGGGAAAAAAGGGGGCUCGUUCCCAGAAAUGAACUGCACAAUGAUGCACUCAAAAUCUUGCAUUGCUCUGAUCUUUCUCUGUCUGAGAAGCAGCUGCAGUUUGGACCCCAGAUUUAAUAAACUGUGUUGAUGAGGCUCAUUUUGCGGCGUCCCAUGGUACAAACUUUCUUUCUUCUUGGAGAAUGCUUGUUUAUAGCAGAAUAGAAAAUGUGAUGUCUUGCGUAGCUGCGUUUUGUAGAACUGACGCAGCUAAAUAGGUUUAAGUUAAAAAUCAGGGCGUUUCUGUUGUGUAGAUGGUUUUCUCUCCACUUCAGGACAUCUGCCAUUGUUCUUAUAUAAAUCCUGCAUAUUACACAUGUUGAACUUUGCAAUAGUUGGUGUGUUGACCACAGCUUUGCAAUACUUUAAUUUUUCAGAUUUUUCACCCAUUCAAUGAUUGUACAUACUUUUAGAUUUGCUGUGUUUAUUGCUCUGGCUUUACAUGUUUUGUUUUCCUCUGAACUGUAGAUUUUGCUAAAUUUUAUAUUUCACUGAUAUUUUACUGUGAAUAAAGCAUUUCUACAGCCGUUUUAGCAUGCCUACAUACAGCUGUAUAGAACUUGUUUUCAGUAGUUAAUAAUUUGCUAGACUGAGAAAAAAAAACAGCAAACACUUAUUUUAUUUAUUUUUUCAUUGUGUAUUUAUAGAUAUCCUUUUUGAAAAAUUAUAUAUUUCUUUUCUCUUAUUUAGAGCUGAAGUUGUCUUUUACAUUCCUAAAUAAAAUGUGGGCUGACGCGCA